AAGAUGGCAGUGGGAGGUGGUGCACGAAUUUUUCUCCUCGUAAUUUUAUGUAUUUUCUUGUUGAAAUCAUGUAACGGGGCCGCGACAGACAUUGAAUUAGAUGCUAAGGCACAGUUGUUGCACAGACUCGAUAGUUUGAAUCUCCUAUUAUAUACAUUUCUAUUAAUAUUAACUGUUUUAACAAUAUGGACAUUUAAGCAUCGUCGACUCAGGUUCCUCCAUGAAACUGGUCUAGCUGUCAUUUACGGAUUAAUUAUAGGAGCAAUAAUUCGUUAUGGCUUUAGAACAAACAGCACCAUUCUCCAUAUGCCUGUUGUGCCAGACAACAGUAGUAAAUACAACCAAUCAGUUCCUCCUGAUACGCUAUGGUUACGUUUUCCAGAAGAUAAAGGAGGUGGUGUUAUUAAGAACAAAACGUUUGCUUAUUCCUUCCGAGGAGAAAUUUAUAAACAAGAUAAUGAAAUUGAUCUAAAGGCCACCUUUGAUCCUGAAAUAUUUUUUAAUAUUAUUUUACCACCAAUCAUUUUUCACGCUGGCUACAGCUUGAAGCGGAAAUACUUUUUUAGAAAUUUAGGAGCAAUCCUUAUGUAUGCUUUAAUUGGAACAACAAUUUCAGCAUUUGUUAUUGGGGCUUUGAUGUAUGCCUUUGUACAAUUAAUACCACACCUUUCUGCGUCAUUCACAUUUUUGGAUACUUUAUAUUUCGGAGCAUUAAUAUCUCCUACGGAUCCGUUGACAAUAAUUUCUAUUUUUAAUGAUUUACAUGUAGAUGUGAAUUUGUAUGCUUUGGUAUUCGGAGAAAGUGUUUUAAAUGAUGCAGUUGCAAUCGUACUUAGCGGUUCUAUACAGAAUUAUGGAGAACGUUAUCAGUCAGGUUCUGGUGGAUUUGAAACUGUAGCAUUUUUCCAAGCAUUUGGCGAUUUUGUCGGAAUAUUCAGUCUAUCUUUAUUUAUUGGUGCUACAAUGGGCUGCAUUACAGCGUUGUUAACUAAAUUCACCAGAGUCAGAGAUUUUCCUCUACUAGAGUCGGCAUUAUUUGUGUUAAUGUCGUAUAGUACUUUUUUGAUUGCUGAGGCGUCUGACCUUACAGGCGUGGUUGCCGUCUUAUUCUGUGGUAUAUGUCAAGCACAUUAUACUUAUAACAAUUUAAGCCCAGACUCGCGUCAACGAACGAAACAACUGUUUGAACUUCUGAACUUUUUAGCUGAAAAUUUUAUAUUCAGUUAUAUUGGUGUUUCGAUGUUUACAUUCCCGAAACAUCACUUUGAUCCAGGAUUUAUUUUUGCAGGAUUUCUAUGCGCAUUAUUAGGCCGCGCAGCGAAUGUAUAUCCGUUAUCAUUCAUAUUAAAUUUGGCACGGAAGCCGAAAAUAUCGCUGAAUUAUCAGCAUAUGUUGUUCUUCGCUGGAUUACGAGGAGCUAUGAGCUUCGCUUUAGCCAUCAGAAAUACCGUGUCAGAUGCUCGACAAGCUAUGUUAACAACAACAAGCUUAAUUGUAAUUCUGACAGUCAUUUUCCAAGGUGGAGCAACCACUCAAUUUUUAAGCUGGUUUAAUAUACCAGUUGGAGUAGAUGAAGAAAUAGAAGGAUUAUCACACAAUGGAAUGCGCAGUUCUGGUGGCGAAGGUGGCUUUGGCGAUCUGGACAUGCGUAGGGAGAGAAGUCCUCCGUAUAAUUCUAUACAGGAUGGAUCGUUACCAGGCAGUGGUGCGAAACCUAAUGAAAAAGCAUUACUUGCCAGAAUCUGGGGCGAUUUUGAUACUCGCUAUAUGAAGCCACUUCUAACUCACUCCAGGCCUACAUUACUGGAGACACUACCUGUGUGUUGUGGUCCUCUAGCCAGGAUUCUUACGACAACACAACAAAUGACACAGGACGAAGCUAUUAGAAAAGCAGAUUCAGAUUCUGAUUUUUGCCUCGAAGAUCGUGAAAUGGAACGACGAAGGACUAGUGUUCAACCGGUGAGUUUUCAUCAACCUAAUCUCAAUUACACUAUUAAUCCGUGCUAUCAACCUAACAACACAGAUGCCACUAAUCCAGACGAACCUUAUGUAAUUCUUAACUUACACAGAAGGUAGAAAUAAAUGUAUUUCAAUGAAAAUAUUUAGAUUUUGUACAAAACUGA